AUGUCUUUCGCACUUCGCUGUUUUAUUCUUGCACUUUGCGUACUAUUCGCUGUUUAUAUUAUCAUUGAUAAAAUGGGAGCUAUGGAAUCGGGCUCAAAAAGAACAAUGCGUUUGAAACCGGAUGCGCCGUGGUACAACACUUCUUACGAUGCUGAAAUUGAGUUCAAGAAUUACGCAGUUUACCCGCCUGCCAACGCAAUACUCACAUCUUUGCAAAGACAGGCAAGGACAAAUACCACGCGUGAGCUGCAUCAAGCAUGGGCUUUGGCUCCUUUUGGACCAUUACGAGAAAAUAUUGUGAUAGCUCCCAAUUACAACAUUGCGUCUUGCCAAAUCGAAAAAAUCAUGACAACUGUGCGUGACGCAGUAUUCUGUUACCUUACAAAUCCAACUGACUACGAGGCUUUUAAUCGAUCUUUGAGUGCGGAACAAUGGACAGGAAGUCCUUGCGGAUGGUCUAAUUAUCGCUCAAACAUUGAUGAUGUCGAAAGGGAGACGAAUACUAAAUUUCGUCGUUUUGCUAUUAUUCGUAAUCCGUUUCAACGCUUUCUAAGUGCGUACGUAGACAAGUGCCUCAAUGAGAGAAAUUUCGCGCCACAAGUACGUUGCCUUGGCUGCAGGUAUGAUAUGAAAUGCUUUGUCGAAAGACUCUUCCACUUACUUUAUGGCUUACAAUACAGCCGAACAUAUAUUGCAAGAGAGAUCUGGUAUGUCGCAAGACAUUUUGCGCCACAGUCUUGGCAGUGCAACUUCAAAAAACAGUUGAGCACGUACGAUAUCAUAGUGUAUCCAGAGACUUCAAACCGAGCUGAUAUAAUCUCUAACGAAUUCGACAGAGUUUUCAAACAAGCAGGUGUACCGCAAGAGUUGCGUUCAAGAAUACGGGAAGAACUUUCUAAAGGGCGAGCCCAUCACUCUACAUACAGAAGUAAUGCACGAAGUAACAUAGAAAGCUUGAUAACGUCUGAUCGCUAUAUUCGCCGAAUUCUCUCACUUAUAUAUUAUUACGAUUAUAUCGUUUUCGGGUUUGACUUUGAUAAGGCUUUGUUCGAUUAAUUGAUGUGAUAAUCUUCAAAUCAGUAUAUGAGAAGAUAUUAUGUAUACGAACGCUUGAGAAAAAGAGAAAAUUGAUCUAUUAGUCAGAACAGCAAC